AUGGUCUCGUUCUUUGGCCUCAAAUUUGGAAGCGACAAGAAAAAGGGCCUGGCCAAAUCUGGUGACAAGAAAGGUCAAGAUGGUUGGAAAGCAACAGAGCCGCCAGAAUUAGCCCGCGGCCAGUUCUACGGCACAUCUCAACCCCAUGAGCAUCUUGCCCGCCCUGGUACUUCUUACUCGUCGAAAGGCUCAACAAACUGGCGCCAAACUUUCAAGGGCUUUGGGGCCAAUUCGUCCAUGGUCGACUUGUCGCGCCCCAUGCGCAAAGAAAGCGUCAGCAGCCUACGAUACCCGUCCUCCGAGGCCAAUCUUCGAUCGCCAGCCUUGAACAGUAGUACUACGAAGCUUCCUCUACCCUCGGCUCUCGGUGGAAGCGGUCACCGAGUCGGUACCCCAGAUCGGCCUUCCACAGCCAGCGGACACACAAAGGAGUGGGUAAAUCCUCUCGAUGUUCACUUUUGCAAGAAUACUAUUGGAGUACCUGUCCCGUCAUCUGUCCAUACGGAUGGCCCGGUCAAGAGCCCACUUGCGAUGCAAUUUGGCGUGGAUGACGACGAAGGUGACGUGGUGAAACCAUCCAGCCCGCCGAAAGACAAUGCAUUACCUGUCAAGGAGAUGACUCUCACUCACGGCUACCCAUCUCCACCACAAUCUGUCAAUAACGCCGAGCAAGUCCUCUCACCGUCAGUGUCAGACUUUUCCACGUCCGGCAAGACUCAUGGUGAUCCUUCGUCUCUCCCUUCCCCGGCUACAACCGUUCCUCGUACUAGCGAAGAUCGGUGGGAAGCCCCUGUCAUUCGCAAUGUGCUAGCGAAGCGCGACACGACUACUUUCCAUUCACCUCGCCGCCGUAGUUUCACCAUGGAUCUGGAGCAGCAAGAACUCGAAAAACUGCGCAAGCAGAGGCAGACAGAGGGCUUCGCCGGUAGCUUCGCAGACUUUGACUUUGGCGAAAUUAUCACGAAGCAGGCGUCAAUUGAGCAAUUCCCAGAGCCGCCAUCCACAAUCUAUGCUGCCAGCCCUGAUCUCGAGCCAUUUCCCACCUUUAAAAAAGACCAGACGCCGACGACCAAACCUGAAAAUGCCUUCAUCAGCUCAGCUCAUACUGCGACAAAGGGGCCUGAGGGUGAACUCGGCACCUUUCAAAGGGAUACUGAAGCAAGAGCCAUGAAUAACUCGCCGGAAUUGAUUACAAAUUCCUUCCGACUUCCUCCUCCGGCGCCUGUUCCAGCUCCCCGGACAACCGCCCCCCGACCCGCAACGCUUUACGGCUUGGUUGGAGGAGCGCCUGCAGCCGCUGCCGGUGCUCAUCCAGGAAACAGUCCUAUGAGCACAUUUGAGCCACCACCUCGCCUGGGAUUCCGUGCUAGACUUGGCUCCGAUGCUAGUAGCCGGCGAAAAACUGGCCCACCCAAGCCGUUAAAGACGAGUUCCUCGCAACCUAGCCUGCGACACAAGACCGUAUUGCCUACGGCACAUCAUGACGAACCAAGCCCAAAGUCUUCCUUUCCACCAACAUUGAAUGGCGCAAAUCAAUAUCCUAGUAAUGAGGCAUCGAAACGAAGCCUUGACAUGAAGUCGCCCAAGAGUCCCUACAACAUGCUCGCAUUGGAGGGCGACUUUCCAGUCACGAAAGGUCUACCGAGAGGACGCCAGCCCCCUCGGAGACCCGCGCGAUCUGACGAAGCCUCUUCACCCGAGCGUCCAGACUUUUCUUUGCCAGACUGGGGCUUGAUCGACUCGGCGGAGCCUCGACACUCGGCAAUGCCACCUCCCCUUGCGACUAACAGCCAGCCAAGGCCUUCGAUCUCCUCUGCCAUCGACAUGAACCUCCCGAGUCCUUCUUUCGCAUCCCUAGAGCUGUCUAUUUCCAGCUCAGGCGAAAGUCUUACGCAAGCGUUUGAGGAUGCUCUCGAAAAGACGGCACUGUCUCCGGGCUUGGUCGGUGACUUUUUUGCCGUUGACACGAGCUGUACCAGCCCUACUGGAAAUACCACGAGAGUUGAAGCCAAAAAGGCACCACCGCGACCUGCCCCCGUUACUCUCCCACCAUCUCCCAAGAAGAGCACAGAACCGCGAUCGGCCCCGCCCACGCAAAGCGAAUUUGGAAAUACUUUCAUAUAA